ACAGAACAACUUUUACCCUUUCGAAACGAGCGAGAGGUAUGCACUCCUUUGAAACAACGGUAAAUAGCGGAAACGAUUUCUCCGUCGGGCGCAAUAUCGAUCAGGUUGUCAGCACUGGAAAUGAGGUUUUCCCUCUCCUGCCCUCAGGACGCGUUCGAAACAUCCUUCCUUACUCGUUUUCUGUUUCUGUCCCUCGCAUUGCUACUGGGGAAAGAUGCAUAUGGAUAGCGUGGACGAGAUUUGAAUGCCGUAGGAUCGUGUAUCGCACAGUUUUAUCAACUCUUCACGCACGAUUUUUUUUUUUGCGUGGGUGGAGUAUUUUGAUGGCCUUUGGUUGGCUAGCGUUGUCUCAGCUACAAGGCGGUGGUGAACUAGAUUGUUUCUUUGGAAACGAACGGUUGCGAGGGUCCGGCACGCAGGGGCCCCAGCUUGUAGCUUGAGGAAGCACUACGACUGUUCCGGGCGUUCCGGCCGUUGCGGCUUUCAGACGACAUUAGAGCCGAUGGCCAAACUGUUGACCAGUGCCGAGGAGCUGACUCGCAUCCUGGACGAAGCCGGCGAGAAACUCGUCAUCUUGGACUUCUUCGCCACUUGGUGUGCACCGUGCAAGAUCAUGGCGCCCGUCUUGGACGAGAUGGCGCCGGACGACGCGGCGUUGGUGAUCCUCAAGGUGGACAUCAACCAGCUGGAGGAGCUCGCCGAGGAGUACGGCAUCUCGGCCAUGCCCACCUUCGUGUUCCUACGGAACAAGAAGAUCCUGGGCACCUACGUGGGCGCCAACGUCACCAAGUUCAAGGAGACGAUUGAACUGUACAAGGCGGGUGCCAUGGCAAAGGGGAAAUAAAGGGUACCAACUUCUUUCAUAAA